ACUGGAAAAUCGUCGCUUUUUCAUUCCCCAGAUAAACUGCAAACAAUGUUCUCCAAAACCAUUCGUGCCUUUUCUACUAGCUCCACCUCGUUGAAAAACAUCAAGAUCGGGUUGAUUCCUGGUGACGGGAUCGGAAGAGAAGUCAUCCCCGCCGGAAGAGCGGUGUUGGAAAACUUACCUUCUAAGCUUGGCUUGAAGUUCGAUUUUGUCGAUUUGGAUGCUGGAUUUGAAUUAUUCCAGAAAACCGGAACCGCUUUGCCCGAUGAAACCGUCAAAGUGUUGAAAGAAGAAUGUGAUGGUGCUCUUUUUGGAGCCGUCUCUUCUCCCUCUGUCAAGGUGGAAGGUUACUCUUCCCCUAUUGUUGCGUUGAGAAAGAAGUUGGGUCUUUACGCUAACGUUCGUCCUGUCAAGAGCGUUGAAGGGAUUGGCAGACCAGUCGAUAUGGUAAUCGUCAGAGAAAAUACUGAAGACUUGUACAUUAAGGAAGAACGUACAUACAAGGCUGCUGACGGUACCAGAGUUGCUGAGGCCAUCAAGAGAAUCACCGAGACAGCCACCACCCGGAUCGCGAAAAUGGCCUACGACAUCGCUUUGAAGAGACAGGCCAUCAGAGAAGCGUCUUCGGCCACCGGAUUGCACACAUCUCCUUCUGUGACUGUCACCCAUAAAAGUAACGUUUUGUCGCAAUCAGAUGGUCUUUUCAGAGAAAUCUGUAGACUGGUGUAUGAUGCCAACCUCGGCUUGUAUGACUCCAUUGCCUACAGGGAACAGAUUGUGGAUUCUAUGGUGUACAGAAUGUUCAGAGAACCCGAAAUCUUCGAUGUGGUGGUUGCUCCAAAUUUAUACGGAGACAUCUUGAGUGAUGGUGCCGCUGCUUUGGUGGGAUCUUUAGGUGUGGUUCCUUCUGCCAACGUUGGUGAAAACUUCGCCAUAGGUGAGCCAUGUCACGGAUCGGCUCCAGACAUCGAAGGAAAGGGUAUUUCCAAUCCAAUUGCUACCAUCAGAUCUACUGCCUUAAUGUUGGAAUUCAUGGGACAUACCGAUGCGGCUGCGACUAUCUACGAAGCGGUUGAUGCCAACUUGGCCGAGGACUCUAUUAAGACUCCAGACUUGGGAGGAAACUCCACUACCCAACAGGUUGUCGACGAUAUUAUUAGACGUUUCUAGUGUAUUGAAAUCAAAAUUAUUAGACUCGAAAUUAGUUAUACCAGCUCAUU